UUAAUUUCUAAAGCAAGAAAAAACAUGAGUAGACAAUCUUCAUCAUUGCCAGUAUCGGUUACUUCUUCAAGUCAAAAUGGACCAGGUCCUUCAAGACAAAGUGGACCAGGUCCUUCAAGUCAAAGUGGAGGCCCUUCAAGACAAAGUGGACCGGGUCCUUCAAGUCAAAGUGGAGGUCCUUCAAGACAAAGUGGACCAGGUCCUUCAAGACAAUCUCAUAGAUUUGUUGCUGCUUUGUCGCCUCGAAGGCAACCUUAUUCGUUGCCUCGACGACAUCGCGGCAACUCAUAA